AUGGAAACCGGCCUCGCCAUCAUCGCGGGCAGCCUCAUUACCCUCCGCCCGCUCUUCCGCUGGUUCCUCGAUAGCAGCUUGUCAUAUCGCUUGGACAGGCCACAUUGCGUGCGGCGAGGGGGUUGCAUUGCGGGGGGUUAUGCAUUGUCAAGCUCCACGCUGAAGAAAUCGGUCACCAAGGAUGAGAUGAACUACUGGCGGCCGGAUCUUAUGUCAGUAGAUAACUCUCACGCGCACAGGGUUAUCACGUCUGUGUCGACGCCACUAGGGAAGAGAUGCUUGAAUGGCAGUCAAGAGAACUUGACGGGCGGUUGGCACGGUGGAGCGCAGCAUAAGCAUCGGGUUAGUGUCCAUCGUACAUUUACCGUGGAGGAUGAGGUGUAG